AUGAAAAUAGCUGACUUUGAGUAUUUGGAUAGUGAUUCAAUUGAUGUAGAACUAAAAUGUGCAAUCUGUAUCGAACCUUUCGACUCUCCUGUUUGUGCCACAAAAUGUAGACAUACGUUUUGUCAAGAAUGUAUUCAAGAAUCGCUUAAAGAGUAUUCGAAGUGUCCAACAUGUCGUCAACAUGUUACGCUCGAAGAUUACACACCUGUUAAAACACGCGCUCUUAUUAAUCAGCUAGCACGUCUUCUUGUGAAAUGCAAUUUUUGCGAACAAACUAAUAUCGAUGAUCGUAAAAAACAUACUGAGAUAUGCACAAAAAAAAUAGUGCCAUGCCUAUCAGCUGAUCAUAAAUGUCAAUGGAGUGGAAGAAGAGAAGAAUUGAGUCUCCAUUUAACAACAUGUCCAUUUCAACAGAUUCGUCCUAUAAUCGAUCAAUUAAUAAACGAAUCAAAAACAAUACGAGAAGCUCAAACUGAACAACAACGUUUUAUUCAAGCAUUUAUCAAUAAUGGAUAUACGUUAUCUCGAAUUUGUACGACAUCUCCUUGUCAUCUGAAAAACCCACCUAUACCAAAUGAAGCACAUGAAAUGCCGUGCUCUUUAUGCAACCAACAGACAGAAACUGAAGAGAUAGGUCUACAUUCUUGUGAUACUGUCACUUGCAUAUGUAAAUCAUGUCUGAACCAACAUGUCUCACAUUCAUCACGAUCAAGUCGAAAAAGAAAAUUAUCUGUGUUAGAACACGUUAAUAAUGAAGAGAGUGAAAGCGAUGAUGAUCAGAAUGAUAAUUUUAUUAUAGAUAUGGAUUAG